AUGUCUUUCUCUAAAGAUGCACUCUGGUCGGAAGGCCACGACGAAUCCGUAGAGGUCAACCAGCGCGCGCUCAUCGAUAAAGUGCUUGCUCGCUACUCGGGCGAAUUCUCUGUAUUUCGCGAGCUCUUACAGAACUCGGACGAUGCGUCGUCCUCCGCAGUCGAGAUCCGCUUCGAGACGGAGGGUUUCCUAAAGUCCAAGGCUCGGAAUGACGAUCAUGAAUCAACUACAAGCGGUGCACCACCGGAUUUGAAGACUGCCAUAGUUCAUCAAUGGACUUUCAGAAAUAAUGGUCUCGUAUUUAGAGAUGAGGAUUGGAAUAGACUUAAGAAGAUAGCUGAGGGGAAUCCUGAUGAGGAGAAGAUCGGUGCAUUCGGUGUCGGCUUCUACAGUCUCUUCUCUGUAACAGAGGAACCGUUUGUGACGUCGGGAGAUCAAUGGAUGGGAUUUUACUGGAAAGACAAGAAGGAUCAGCUCUUCGCUCGCCGAGGGACACUUCCCCCAACCGGGCGUGUAGAUCAAUGGACGUCCUUUGCGAUGACACUACGUGAUCCAUCCGCCAUUCCUCCGCCAUUCGAUUUCACCAGAUUCCUCGCAUCGUCCAUUGUCUUCAUGUCCCAUUUAUCCGAGGUCAGUGUGUAUUUUGAUAAUCACUGUCUUGUGAAGAUAUCGAAGUCUCCUGGCGCACCUCGAACGUUGGCGAUCCCUCGACCUCUACAAACUCGAAGUACUUUCAAUUCCAUGGAAGUCAAAUCCGUCGCAGAAGCACCUCUCCAUAUUUCUGCGUCCAUCAUGAAACUGGUGUACACAUCUGGGACGGAGAAGCCACCAGUCCCGACAGCGUUAAAGCCCAUCCAGAAGACGACCGGUUUCUUCUCAUCUUUGCUUCAGUCAUUUGCUGCAUCUGCUCCUCCCACUCCGCAGCCUCCUCCUGUCGCCCUUCCCACCGACCCUAGUACUGAGUUGCAGCUCGUCGAUACCAGUAUUAGCCUAUCCAUAUUUUCCGCUGACGUCGAUGUGCGAUUGCCCAAGAAAGUCGGAGACGAACUACUGAGAGCGACGAAGAAAAAGCCACCGAGUAAAGUCAAAUAUCAACUGAUCUAUACCGGGAAGGAUGCCUUCGAUGCGAGUAAGAAGCAGGACGAACAGCAAGAGUUCUCUACAGGGAGUAUCUUCCAAGGUCUUCGAGCCGACAUAGAAGGCACUGGCUCAACGCGUAUCUUCGUGGGUCAUUCUACGGCCCAAACUACAGGUAUUGGGGGACACAUGGCAUCAAGGUUUAUUCCUACCGUCGAAAGAGAAUCUCUAGACUUGAUGGAUAAGAACGUUGCACUUUGGAAUAAGGAACUUCUCUACGUUGGAGGCUUCCUGUCCAGAUGUGUCUACGAGUUCGAAAUGGAUAACGUCCGUACGCUUUGGAAUGAGGCGGGCACAAGUGUGGAUCCUUCCCUCCGGAUUUGGCUACGGAACCGCGCCAUCCAUGCCCUCAAUUUCUUCACUUUCCGACAAUCUACUCCAUCACCAGAAGUUUCGAGCCUCCUGGAAGCCGCUUUCUUUGGCUGUAGUGCUAAACACCAAUUCCCUCUCAUCUCCUCCGUCGGCGUACGACCGGUAUCAGAGAUCCGCCUUCCUGAAGCCAAACUGUCUACCUUCCUGAAGUCACUGCCAAUGGUUCCCGACGAGGUUAUGAACGACGCUAAACUGAUGGUCACCUCGUUGCGCAACCGAGGCAUGUUGUUGUCUAUCACAUCUGAAGACGUCAUAAAGGAGCUGCAUAGCAGACCUUUGGACACGGAGGAAAUGAUCGCCUGUUUGCAGUGGUGGAUUGAUAUGAACAAGUUUGGGGGAGAUCCCAACCUCCCUGCGUUCCGUUCGCGCUUGCUUAGCGAAGCUAUCUUGGCCAUUGGCGAUUCGGGUCCGCCUUCUAUCGCUGGCAAAAUCAUUCCCCUUUCUACUAUCCAGUCAUUCGUAAACACCAAAGGAGCCAUUGGUGCCCACAUUCCUGUCGACGGUCCGUUGCCACCCGGUGUCUUGCCUGCCUAUAUAAGCUCCAAGUUUCGACCUGAAGAACUAUCAUCCCAUUUCCCAUGGAAGGAAUUGACGGUGGUCGAGUGGUUGCAACACAUUUGUGAGCCUAGGAUGCGCGCUACCUCCGUUGAAACCGAUAUCGGGGUAAAUCCAAAAUGGGCAGAAACCGUCCUCCAGGUCCUCCUUCGCGCUUGGCCAUCGAUAUCGAACGAAAGCAAGACGGAAGUUGCUCGUCUCUUAAGCAACCUGACAUGUAUCCCCACAUCGCAAGGGCAGAAGAAACCUGGCGACACCUACUUUUCCGACGCGAAUAUACUAGGUGAUCUACCAGUCGUGACAUUCCCCUCCCAAGCACCUAUAAAGGGAGCCUUGGGACGUUUCUUGCAAUUCCUAGGCGUUCGCAAAUACGUUGAUCUCCAGAUAGUAUUCACUAGGAUGAUCAAGACUGGUGACUGGAAAGUCGAGGACUUGAUCAAGUAUCUAGUUGCUGUAGAGGCCGAGUUGAAGGAAGAAGACUGGGGGCGCCUCAAGCUGACGCCGAUCUUCUCUAAGGAAGGCGAUUCAGCCACAAACGCCAAACCGAAGCGGUAUAGAGCUGACCAAUUGUACGAGCCUUCGGAUACCUUUCGACAACUACACCUUCCAGUCAUCGCUUGGACUUCAAAGUCAAGAUGGAGAGCGUCGGCAGCAGAAGCCAAACUUCUGUUCAAGAUCGGGCUCCUACGUUUCCCGCCUCUGGCUCAACUGAUAGAUCUCUGUUCCUCUGAUGACACUGCUGUACAUACAGCUGCCCUCAAGUAUCUACUCGACAAUAUCCCAGCUCGGUAUAGUGAUUAUAACCCCCACGACUUCGCGCAAAAAGUCUAUAUACCCGCUAACAACGGAGCGCUAACAUGUCUGUCCGCACCCCUAGACGUGUUCUCAGAACGGCAGUGGGCUUCUCUUGGGUUCCUGGUCGCCACUGAAGCGGUGCAGACAUUUGUUCAGAAGCUGAAGAUUCCGAGGCAUCCUUCAACGAAGCAACUCAUAGAUUUACUUCGCACGUCGCCGCCCAAUAUAUCUCAGGCCAAAGACUGGUUUUCUGUAUUAUCCACUCGCAUAUCAGAUUUCUCGGACUCGGAGCUUACGAUACUGUCGAAUACUUCUUUCAUCCCUAUCCCUGACCCAUCGGGCAAGGGGAUCACUCAUACCCCUCCGAGACGAUGUCUCCUCAACAUCAAUACCGGCAAGCUUCAAUCCAAACUUUUCACCUGUGUCGACUUUGGAGCAGCUGCGAACAGUUUCUUGUCUGCUUGCGGCACUAAACGCGAGGCUUCCGUUGAAGAACUUGCACAGAUGCUGUUAGCUGACCCCAGAAAGUUUUACGACCUCUCGGGGGGACCAGAACACUUCCUCAACGAGCUUCGCAAUAUUGCUGUCAAUAAUCGAUUGCUUUCCUCUAUGACUUUUACAAAGAUGAAGAAAGCACCCAUCUUGCUAGGUGUACGCCGCCGGGUCAAAGAAGCAAAUGAAAAGCACCAAGACCUUGACGAAGAAACCUGGGACUUUCAGUACGACCUUCUGGUCCCUAGCAGUAUCGUAAUUGUGGACGAUAGCAACAACUACCAGCUAUUUGGAGACGCUGUCUUUACUGCUCCGCAAGAAGAUAUCCUGGAAGCUUUCUACGCUGAACUUGGUUCCCGCCCCCUGAGUUCUAUCGUCAAGCAGAACUACCGCACCACACAAGAAAUAAAAGAUCCGCACCGGUCUUCGGAGAUGCAUAAUCUAGUUUUAGAGCGGCUACCCUUGUUCCUUCAUGGCCAGACGCACGCGAGAUUGAAGGUCCCUUCUGCGUGGCUGAGCAAGGAAGGAAACUUUGUUGUCAAGAACUAUGGAAAGAUCGAGGUGGAAUCGGUGUUGACGUUUGGCGAUAUUCGCGUUACUCGUAGGCAAGAGUCCUCAGCGGCAGCCAAGCGUGAUGGAUAUGGCGGUGCGAUCCAGUUGUGGGUCGCAUACAACACGAAGGUUGACAUGUUCGAAGUCGCAACUUCACUUGGUCAACUACUUUUCGACGGUGCCAAAGCCAACGACAUGCUGCUAUUUAUGACCAUUCUGUCUACUGAUCUCAAAUCUCUCAAACGACGGGGAUACAAUGUGGAUCGAAUUUUGAGACAACAACAACAUGCCAAGGACGCCGCUCUCGAGUCGCAGAAGAAAGUCCAAGAGGAGAGAGCUCUCCAAGUGGGCAUUCAACAAGAGAAGGUACAACAGGCAAUAGCCGCACCCCCUGUUCACACCGGGCCCGCUCCUGUCCAGACCAACAAGCCGCUUCCGGAGCCAUCUUCCAGUCCAGGAGGGUUCCCUGAAAGUCCGCCUGCGAGAGGGAGCCGUUCCUCUACCUUCUUCAAGUCCAUUCAAGAUCUACGAAACAAGGUCGCCCCACGGCCGGUCACCCCGGAAAGGGAACCGUUGCUGGCCAAUGACCAACAUGCACCUCCGCAAGUGCCGACCGGUUCUCGCCCAGGAAUGCCUGGUCCUGCACGGUCCUCAAAUGGUAACCAUGUUACCCCGUUGAGCAACAUCAAUUCGAACAUCAACAUGGCAAUCAAGGCUUGUCGGCCUGAGAAUGGGAACCUCGUACGGAACAAGCAGGAGAUGCAGCAAGUCAAGGAAUCACUGAACGAUGGUUAUUGUGACAUAAGUGGUCAAGUCGGCGAUCUUAACCUAAUUGGAGAGAUGGGUUCUAUGAAGAUCUUCGUCACUGCCGUGGUGUUGGAAACCAAGAGGGAUGAGAUCGCUCGAUUUAUCCACGUGGUGUCACCGUUGGCGAAGGUGUACAACCUCCCGAUGUCGAGUUUACACAUCUUUUACGACCUUGGAGGGGGCUUGAUUGCCUUCAAUCGGAAUGCCAGCAUUUUCCUCAACCUGCGGUAUUUUGAGGCUUGGCAUCAUGAUCAAGUCCAAAGGGGGAACAUGGAUGAUGCCUUCGUGUCCUGGUACUUCACGCUAGCGCACGAAAUCGCGCAUAACCUUGUUCAGCCGCACAACUCUGAGCAUGAGUUUUAUUUCUCGGCGAUAUGCGAGAAGCAUAUAAAGUCGCUGGGACGGCUUCUUUCGUCUGCUGCGUCGUGA